GGUAUAUUGACAGCACGUUGCCGCUCAGUCAGUAGGUUCUCUGUCAUCGCGGAGUGCGAACGUAGCCGCAUAAAGCCCACGCAACACGUCGCUUGCGAUUGAUUAUGACACGAUCGCCCCGCAGAGCUAACUGAACUGCGGUCGGGACACCGCUAAAAUUAUGACUUUUGGACUGUUCGCCGGCGACGAAGAUAGUAGCAGAUAUCUCGUUCUAGAAGAGAAAGCUUUUAGGAUAGUGUCCAGGUACUGGGAGGUCUCCGGAGUCUCGUCCGCCGAGAGGCUGCGGUUUGGGAAUAAACAGAGGCUUCUUGUUGCUCCAUUUGGACUGUUAUAAAUAUUUUAAGAAACUUAUGGAUUUUAUUUGGACUCUAACAAAUUAGCCUUUAGUGUUUUGAAGUGCAAUAGGUGAACUGUGUUUUUUUGUGUUAAGUUUUAUUUGGGGUUUAUUUUUUUUUGAAUAAACAAAAAUGGUGCCCCAACAAGUGUCGGAUGUGAGGUCCCUAUCCCCGACGUCGAGUGGAAUGCCUGUGUUUGGGUCCCAGCUCGUCGACAAAAACUCAUCCACCCCCUACACGGAUGCAACUCAGACUAAGAAGAAUAAUCCUAACCACAUAAAGAGGCCGAUGAACGCGUUCAUGGUCUGGUCGCAAAUAGAGCGGAGGAAAAUUUGUGAACAGACACCAGACAUGCACAACGCGGAAAUAUCCAAGAACUUGGGCCGCGUGUGGAAAACGCUCAACGAUGAAGAACGCCAACCAUUCAUUGAUGAAGCGGAGAGGUUGAGGCAGCUACACAUGCGGGAAUACCCCGACUACAAGUACAGGCCGCGCAAGAAGACCGCCAAGUCGGAGAGGUCUGGCCCUAAGACGGGAGGCGUGACCAAGGCUAAACGCAAGCAGCGCGCCGACUCCAACAACAACAGGGGAGUGACUAAGCGGAGGAGACCAGCUCCGUCCGUCCCCAGUGUACCGGUGGACACGCCAGCGCCUCCGCCGCUGCCUGCGUCUCCCGCUGGCUCCCCUGACUCUCCAGAGUCUGCCUGCUUCUAUGAAGACCAUAAUCGUCGAGAACAGGCAGACCUUACGGAUCUCUACUCCAUCACGGACUUGCUGCCGCUCCCAGCGGACUGCGAGGUUGACCUGGAGGCGCUCACGACGGACAUAGACUCGUUUGAGACGGCGUCCUCGUCGUCGGGCUCCCACUUCGAGUUCUCGUGCACACCAGACGUGUCGGACAUGCUGAGCGAGAUCGGCGUGGCGGGCGACUGGGUCGACCACACGUUUUCGUCGUAUCUGACGUCGUCUUAGAGCGGUGUUCGGGUCGCCACGGCCGCUGCUGGCCGGUUCCACUGAUCUCAUGCGGUCGGCCAAAGGGCCGCCCCACGGAGGCCGACGACGCGGCGACCGCUCGCCGCUCCGCCUAGAGAGUGCCUAUCCAAAAUGACGUGUCGACAUUUGGAUUUAAUGUACAAAGUUAUUUAAUAAGGAUCGAGGGUGAAAAUUGUUUUGACAACCGGCCACAAGGUCGCGUUCCUCUUCGGUUCGUACGAUUGUUUUAAUCGUUUAGUUUUAAAGUUUUCAUUUUCGAUAACGGCGACGCUUCGUCUAGGAAGUGGCAUCGGGUUUUAUAAACGUAGGCUGUGAGUUGGUUCUUUUUUUGUCGUUCUGCUUUCGUUAUUAAAUUUAUGAUUUCGACACAUAAUGGAGGUAAUUUCCAAACGACACGUCUCAGACGCAUCUCAGUAAUUAAAUCCGUCUGCUCUCCGUCGCCUGGUUAGUUCGCCAUGGGCCAGUCUGGUCGCCCGCCCCACGCUCGCAUCGCGUUGUCGCGCCGUGUUCUCUGUACGUGUACAUUACACGACUUGGCUUCUAGUGCAUUCUAAAAUCGUAAGUUUGCAUUCUACGUCACCUUCUUUUUUAUUUGAUUAACAUUUGUACUUUAAGGGUCGUCUUUUAUUUUGAAAUGUCUUAGAUUGAAAUAUGUAUCAUUCUUCGAGUAAUAGAAAAAUAAGACUAGUUUAUAGUCGUUUGUCUUGCGUUCAUAUAUACUGUACGUAAGUUCACUUUAUACUUUGAUGCACACGUAGAUGAUAGUUAAACAUUAUUAUUUUACUAUUGGAAGCUGAUCGGUAUGUCAUAGGAAGAAUGUCGGUGUGCGGGAUUUAGUGUUUGUCUCGGUUGGACGCGGUGGGCCUCUACUACGUUGUUGGUCGUGGGGGCGAGUGGCGCGUACUCUUCACUUCUGUCGCUGCUGUAUGUAUAACAUGUCUCUUCCGCUACGCGCUUCUCGCUCCCUCCCGUGUUGGAGGACAAUAGUAGGGGCUCACUGUCGAUUUAUAUUAAAUGUUUCGAGUCGGUCUCGUAAGUUAGGAUUCGUAAAGUAAGGUAAAUAUUCGUUCAAUGGUAAGGCAUGAAGUUAUAUUGUAUAGUAUGAUGGCACCUAUGGAUCGAUGUGAAGGGACACUUUCAAUUCUCGUUUCUUUAUUCUUCUCGCUACAUUGACAAAACAAUAAUGUCUAUAGAAAGAUACAUAUCAAUAAUUGGAAUGCGUUGUACCGCGGGACGGUGGCUUAUUAAGAAAUAUGAUAUUGGAUGGGUCAACAAAAUGUUAGUUUUCAACACAAAAUGUUUUGCUAAUUCAAACUCUGUGAUUUACUUUAUGGAUUUUCUAAAUUAUAAGGUUCUAGUGGAGACUGAUAUCGCAUAGAUUAGUUUUAGCAGCGCUAGCUUCUCUAACUUUUAUUUUUUGUUAUUUUUUAAUACUGGGCAUAACAUUUUAUAUUGUGAAAAAAAAACUUUAAAACGUACAUAUUUUUGAUAUUUUGCAUUACUGUGGAAUACGGACUUUGGACUUAUACAAAAAAAAAUAAACAAUAUUUUAAUAAAUACCAGAUUCAGCCAAGAUUAGGAGAAAAAGCAAUUAAAUCAUAAUAUUUUAGGACGAGAUGAAAUCCAUUUUACAAAUCCGUUUUCCACAGCAGGGCAUAAGCUAAACAAAUUGUAUUUAAAGAAAGAAAAAAAAACAAAAAAAUUGCUAAAAGUCUGUCAAUUCAUUGAAAAUCGUGUCAGUUAAGGGGUAAUGUUUAAAGGAAUGUUGCCUCAUUCAUUAUUAAUAUAGAUAACCCUUCUACAUAUACCUGUUUUCAAAUUGUAACAAUAUUUGUAGAUAUUUCUGUGUCCCAAAAAUAUAAGGGAUCCGUUGUGCUCUAAUAGGUAAGAAAGAAAAUGCUUUACCUAUAUUAUAUUCUUUAUAUAAUAUAUUAUAUAUGUAAAAAAGUUCAUGUAUUAAUUAGUAAGUGUCUAUGGAAACCCAUUAAAUAAGAAAAAAAAUGCAUAAAAAAGCGUUAUCUAUAUCUGUCUUGUGUGUCGUAGGGCGUUAUUUAAGAAAGGACGAAAAAAAUUUGUGCCUAAUAAAAAAAAAACUUGGAAAUUCUUGUAAUACUUAUUUUAGUGAUGCUCAAACAAGUAUUUUAAGCGCGUAGUGUUUAGACGCUGUUAAUGGACAAAACUUGUAUAAAAAUAUUCUAAGAUAAUAAUAUUCGAUGCCAGAUUUGCAUUUUGUUUUUCAUGUCGCUUCGGUCGUAUUUGAUCUAAUGAAUAUCCUUACUUCAAGCAUACAACUUAUUUAAAUUCUCUUUUUCUUGAUUUCGUUUUCAGUUCUGUUCCCAGAAUCUUUGGAUUUCGUCGAAAUUCUUAUGUUUCUGUGGCUAUUUCUUAAUUUUUUUCAAUUGAUUUUAAACUUGCUGAUUACACAUUUCGGCUAGUUGUCUAGUUGCAAUAUGUCACCAGAAAGUAUUUUAAAAUCUCUUUCGAAAAUCUGAUCCAACCCUUGCAAAUCGAAUCACAAUUCUUCACAAAUCUUUCUUUUACUAUUAAUGAUCUCACUUAGACUUUGUGUUUGUGCAAAUACUUCAUCAUAAACCUUCUAAUCUUCGUGUCUUGCUGUUUUCUUUUCGAUAUCUUUAAGUUAUAUACGUACAGUAUCAGAAUAAGGAACUUCAUUAGGUGUCAUAUGAGAUGUAUGUCUUGACUGUGCACUCAGUCCCUCCGUAUUUUCAACUUUGACAAUAAAGUGUCAUUAUUUUCUGCUUUAUCUUUCGUAAGUUUUCCUUCGAUUUCCUUUUAAUGAUAGUUUCCCAAAGUGUCUGCUUUACUUUUCCCUUCUUGCUAGUUUCCAUGUAAAUAGCGGGGUACAUAACCAAAAAUCAACGAUUGAAAGCAAUAUAUAUGUCUACGAUUAGUGACAUCAAGCUCAAAUUAGUAUAAUUCUCUUCUACUAAUAAAAAUUGUAAGCCAUUCUGUCGUUUUCAAUAGAACUAGAUUAAGAAAUACAAAUACAGUAAUCAAUAUUCAAUGUAAUGAAUGAGAUAUCGCAUCGCUUUCACUGCCGCACGGUCCCUCACAUUUAAGUAUUUAGACUCUCGCCUAUAAUUGUAAUAUAACACCAUCAUACAUUUAAUUUCAAGCCGCGAGAUUGUUCAGAAUUUCAUAAUUGUUUGAUACAUUUUAUUUGCACAGCCGCUGUAAAACUGAAUACAACUUGUAAAUAUGAUUUUUAUUAGUGGGGAGUGACAAAACCCCAAAGUAUUGUAUAACUGCAACAUCGAAUUUAAAUGUUGUAAAUUAGCGCUUCUCUUUCAAUAAUUAUUGGAAUUAUCAGGGUUUAAUAGUUUUUCAUUUAUGUAUUUUAGAUGUAUAAAUUUAAUGUCCCUAAGAUUAUCAUUGCCUUCCUUGGAUAAUGUUCUUCAGAUACUUUGCUUAAGGCUUCCUUUCUUCGUAGCCUUAAAAUUAUGUUAACUAAACCAUGGAAGUAUAUUUUAAUCUGAGGUAUGUAAGUUAGUAUUGAAAAAAAAAUGUUUAUAAUAAUGAAGUCAAAAUAAAGCGACACUGUGACAAAAAAUUAGAGGGUAUUUAUAACGUCUUAAGUAAAAAUAUCAUAAAGGACGUAGUUGUUGUAGGUUAUAUAUGUAACUAUAUACUUAUAUAUAAUAUAGGGCCCGUGUACCACGGUCAGACGCGAGCAUUUCAAAGUGCCACCGAGGAGUAUAUUCGCGAGUUCUGGUUAACUGGUCACGGUCGCGCGCUCUGACCGUGGUACAGGCCCACAUUAUUGUUGUGUAUCAAUUUAUCGAGAUCGCAUGAAAUUAAGCUUACAGUCUCGCUUCGAACCCGACUAGAUGUAUAUUUCCUGGCAAGCGGACAUUGCGAAGUAAUUCACAUGUAUCAUAAGAAUUGGUUAUUGUACUAUAAAUGCGAUUAAAAUGUUAGUGAAAUCAUUCACAGAACUGAAAAGUUGAUAUUCUCGUUACGUUGUUUAAAAAUUGAUCGUAAUUAUAUCUCUGUAUCAUAUGUAUCUACGCUAUUGUUGAUUUAUUAUAAGCAUAUUCUAUCUUAGUAUUCCUCUCCUUCGGUUUCGAAACAAAUGGGGAUUCUAGUAUUAGAACGGACUUCCUCUAGACCAUAGCAAUUGUAAAUAUUGAGAGCCUUCUGUCGUCCACGAUUGAUUUCGAGACUCGGAAGUAAUUGUUAAAUACAACGUCCAGAUUUGUAGUACUUUGUGGUCAAGUUAGCAACAAUGUUGUGAGCUCGAUCGCUGCCGAUGCUUCAGCCUCAGGACACAGUCACCAUCUAGAGAGACGUCUCCAAACCUAUUUGCUUCGAAAUGUUUCAAGACACAACGAAUCUUCUGUUCCCUUCUCAUGUCCUCACGCACUUCAUUAAUAUUAAAUAGUAAAUAAUUGGUGUCUGUAACUCAAUAUAAACAAUAUUGUAUUAUCACCAGACAGUAGUACGCAUAUAUUCGUUGUUAUAGUAGAGUGUGUAUUGGUAUCUAUAAUAAUAAUUAAUAAUUAAACAUGAAUAAUAAAGAAAUAACGAAAAUUUUCGCACAACCUGAGUCAAGGAACUAACAUAAGAAUAACGUUGAUAGUUUUAAAGCAUAAUUAGUAAGCAAAUGUUAAUGUAAGAUGCGAUUCUUUUUGUGUUAUGAAGUUCUGUACCCAGGGGGAUACGCCAGCUCUAUGUAUGUCCUGUCCAGCAGUCGCGCCGGCUGCGCGUGCGACUGUGUCUGUCCUUAAUUGUUGAAUUGAUAGUUUCACGUUGAUUUACUGUAUAUAAUUACUUUGAACAAGUUAGGAACAAAAAAGGUCCAUUAAAUUUUAACAAAUAAUAUUAAGGUAGAUGCAUGUAUACAUUCGGAAUAUAUGCUUUGGUGUACAAUGCCAAACUUAAUACGAUGCUAGAAAGCAUGGCUUUAACGAAUAUCGCUAAGGAUUGAACUGAUGUUUUCAUUUUCCAGCUUUUGCCAUUGGACUUGUAAAUAUUGUAGGCCGCGUCGGGAGUCGCAUCAUUGUUCCGAACAUUCUAGUCUGAUAAGACGAACCUUCACCAUCAAUGGCCCCUGAUACCUGAUUAUUAGUUUGUGUUAUUCAAUUUAUACCAAAAAAAUACGAAGCUCUUUCAACACUGUUACCGAUGGAUCUCUUUGUAUGUAGCGAUAAAUCAUUCGGCUUACCAAAAAUUGGAAACUGUUGUUUUCAACUUUUUUUUUUUU